AUGUCAGACGUCGGACAUACGUCAUCUUACACUCUAGAAUCCGCGACGACUCGGUCAUCUGAGUAUAGUGUUGCGAAUGAAGAUCGAUUUGCGGUGUCUGUUUCUGCUGAGUAUGUUUAUUUGGCAAUAUACAGUGAUAUUACUUACAUCAAUGCUUCCGAGAGUGGGCAUUUGGCGAGGGUGAGAAGGAAGUGGGAUAUACCAGAAUGGUUGAAUGAUGUUCGUGAAGUGUUGUAUGUUGAGUCGAAUAACACGAUGAUAUUCCGUUACAACAACGGAUCGAUAGCAGUAGUUGAUGCCAGUUUUGAGAAUUCAGCACCGCUCGCAUCGGCUAAAUAUAAUUCUCCAAACGCUCAGGUAUUUUACGAUAAGCAGAACGGUGUGAUGGUAUUCCUGGAUGAACGAAACAUUUGCUUUAGAAGAGAACAUUCGGGAAUGUUUCUCAUUAAAGGUGCAUUGACAGUUCAAGAUAAGAAUAAGGCGACAAUUUCUAUUGAAAUACCUGCUGAAGAGGUGUGUGCAUUUUUAAAGUGUUAUAGUCAGUUCCAGUUUCUGAAGUCGUAA